CUAACCCUAACACUAAUUCUAACCUUAACCCUAACCCCUAGAAAUAGCAUUUGACCUUGUGGGGACUAACAAAAUGUCUCCAGUUGGUCAAAUUUUUGUUUGUUUACUAAGUCCCCACAAGAAUAGUUAAACACGUCCACACACACACACACAUACACACACACACACGGACAUGGUACCAUCUUUAAGACAUUACAGCAUCACUCCCAUCAUCUCCUGCAGAGUGUAAUCUGAGAUCCGAGAACAACUAACUGGACAACUGAAUGACUUCCUGACAACUGUGGUUCCUCUCCUUCUCUCUAUAUCAAUCUCUCUGGGAGUGAUGAGGGCACUGUUUUCCAUGCCCACAGGAGAGUUGGGCAUUCCCAUUCUAUUGUUUACUGUAACACUGAAUAUGUUUUGACCAGAUUGUUCCCCAAUACACCACAUUAGAUUCUGAUUGCUUUACUAGUUGCUGAAUCUGUGAGCAUCUUUACAGAAUUUAUUGAAAUGGUUUGUCUGGGACUUGGUCUUGUUUCAUACCCAGGACACAGAGUCUCUGCUGGGCAGAUAGAGAAGAGACACUGGCUGAUGUCACUCCCUCCAUGUGUUAUCUCUGUGCUCACAAAGCUCCUCAGAACUGGACCUCCUGACAGAGAGGUGUCAGGGAUCUGCUGUCUGGGCCUGGGACCAAAGCCCCAUAUUAAGACUGUAGACAGACACAAUGUAAAGCAAUGUGCUUUGGCCACAUACAGACAGAUCCAGAACUGAUUGACCCGAACAACCACCACCCUCUUCUUAUUUCCCCUCCUCUUUCUGUUCCUGUCUCUAAUUCUCCAUCUCCCCCUAUUUUCUACCCUCUCUUAUACAUCCAACUCAACUCCCCCUCUUUAUUUCUCUCUUUAUGUGUCUCUGCUCACCAUCUCGCCAUUCCUCCCCUCUUUUCUCUCUCUCUCUCUCUCUCUAUCUCUGUGUGCUACAGGAGAUUAUGGAUCGUAUCUAUAAGAAUGUGAUGACCAAGGUGGAGGAGAUGAGCAGUGCUCAGAGGACUCUGUUCACUCUGGCCUACAACUACAAGCUGGAGCAGCUCUCCCAGGGACGUAGCACGCCACUGUGUGACAACCUGGUGUUUAAGAAGGUUCGGUCCCUCCUGGGGGGGAAGACCAGGUUGCUGCUGUCGGGCGGGGCGCCCCUCUCUGCCGCCACCCAGCGCUUCAUGAACGUGUGCUUCUGUUGCCCCGUGGGCCAGGGCUACGGCCUCACCGAGACCUGCGGAGCUGGAACCAUCAGUGAGAUGUGGGACUACAGCACAGGGCGAGUUGGAGGUCCGCUCGUUUGUUCUGAAAUCAAGCUCAAGGAUUGGGUGGAGGGUGGCUACCACAGCACAGACACGCCCAACCCACAAGGUGAGAUCCUGAUUGGCGGGCCCAACGUUACCAUGGGUUACUACAAGAAUGAGGCCAAGAACCAGGACUUCUUUGUGGACGACAACGGCCAGCGCUGGUUCUGUACGGGAGACAUAGGAGAGGUCCAUCCUGAUGGAUGCCUCAAGAUCAUUGAUCGUAAGAAGGACCUGGUUAAGCUCCAGGCAGGAGAGUAUGUGUCUCUGGGGAAGGUGGAGGCCAUGCUGAAGAACUGCCCCCUUAUAGAUAACAUCUGUGCCUACGCCAACAGUGAAGAGAUGUACGUGAUUGGCUUUGUGGUGCCCAAUCAGAAGCAUCUGCUGUCGCUAGCGGAGCAGUAUUGUAUCCGGGGCUCGUGGGAGGAGCUGUGUAACAAUGCUGCCAUGGAGGGGGUGGUCCUGCAGGUCAUCACUGAGGCUGCCCUAUCAGCCCAGCUGGAGCGGUUUGAGAUCCCCCGUAAGAUCCGUCUGAGCCCCGACCCCUGGACCCCCGAGACGGGCCUAGUGACCGACGCCUUCAAGCUCAAACGCCAACAGCUGAAGAGUAAGUACCAGGACGACAUCGAGAGAAUGUACGGCGGGAAGUAGGACCAGACCAGACCAGAACCUCUCCAAGCACAGAUCCAGCAUCUGCCUCAAGCCUCCAAGCUUUUAGCUCCAUCCUCCUAUCCCCACCAGACCCCCAUCCCGGACGAGCCCCCAGAAGCACUCCAUUUACUUGAAUCUACUUUGUUCUAAUGAGACCAAAAAAGAUCGACAGAGAGAGAGAUAGAGGGAGAGAAAUAGAUAGAGAAACAGAUUGAGAAAGAUAGAGGGAGAGAAAUAGAUAGAGAAACAGAUUGAGAAAGAUAGAGGGAGAGAAAUAGAUAGAGAAACAGAUUGAGAAAGAUAGAGGGAGAGAAAUAGAUAGAGAAACAGAUUGAGAAAGAUAGAGGGAGAGAAAUAGAUAGAGAAACAGAUUGAGAAAGAUAGAGGGAGAGAAAUAGAUAGAGAAACAGAUUGAGAAAGAUAGAGGGAGAGAAAUAGAUAGAGAAACAGAUUGAGAAAGAUAGAGGGAGAGAAAUAGAUAGAGAGACAGAUUGAGAAAGAUAGAGGGAGAGAAAUAGAUAGAGAAAGAUAGAGGGAGAGAAAUAGAUAGAGAAACAGAUUGAGAAAGAUAGAGGGAGAGAAAUAGAUAGAGAAACAGAUUGAGAAAGAUAGAGGGAGAGAAAUAGAUAGAGAAACAGAUUGAGAAAGAUAGAGGGAGAGAAAUAGAUAGAGAAACAGAUUGAGAAAGAUAGAGGGAGAGAAAUAGAUAGAGAAACAGAUUGAGAAAGAUAGAGGGAGAGAAAUAGCGAUAUCAAAGAGAGGAGGCUGUGUUGCAACAUUUCUACUGUUCCUUCAUUUGAUGAAAUGGCUUUGCUUAAAAAUUCAAAUCAAUAGACAAUAAAUAAGCCCUGAAGACUGUUAGAGAGAAGGAUUAGUUAGGAGAGAGUAAGUAAAGGGUGUUGUUGGAACACCCUAAUAUCUCCAUGUUCAUUCCACUUCUGGCCCUCUUUGGAGAUGGUUUUCCUUCAGAUGUGAGUUAUGAGACAGGACAGAUAAGGUCAUGUUGCCUGUUGAUCUAUCUCUCUCUCUCUCUCUGUGUGUGUGUGUGUGUGUGUGUGUGUGUGUGUGUGUGUGUGUGUGUGUGUGUGUGUGUGUGUGUGUGUGUGUGUGUGUGUGUGUGUGUGUGUGUGUGUGUGUGUGUGUGUGUGUGUGUGUGUGUGUGUGUGUGCGACAAGAACUGGAGGAGAAACAGCACAUUUUCCGUUGCCUGUUGAGCUCAUGUCUGGUAGUGGUCCCGUGUGGCUCAGUUGGUACAGCAUGGCACAUGCCUGGGUUGUGGGUUUGAUUCCAACGGGGGACCAGUACCAAUGAAAAUGUAUGCACUAUGUAAGUCGCUCUGGAUAAAAUCGUCUGCUAAAUGACUAGUGAGUGUUGUUGACCGUUAUUGAAGCUCAGGUUGGUUGGAAAACAUUGUUUUAACACCAAUUCCCUUCUGUCUGAGGGUGUCAGGAAUGCUAAGCCAUGAGAGCCUGUAGAGUGUAAGUACCAUUAACAUUGCAAUUAAUAGCUGUUGUUUAAUUAUUCGUUUUUCUCCUUUAAUUCUGUGAUUCUGUCCACAUUAGUCUAGAGUCCUCAUUGGCUGAUUCUCUCUACAAGUUCCAAAUCCAGGGCUCCUCGUUGGCUAAUUCUCAGCCCUGUUCCUGAAGCCAGGUUUUUCCAUUGCUUUUUCUCUGGUUUAUUUCAGAACCUAGUUCUGCCCGGAGACUAGUCUUAUUGGCUGCAACUAGCUGUCGUCGUUUCUUUUUGUUGUGGUUGUUCUGUUUUGUUGAUCCUGUUUCUCCUGCUUAGUGAGGCUUUAGCACUGUGAUUUAUAUUAGAUUCGCAUCUGCCCAUCUGAUCCUACUGGCACAAAGUCAACAGAAGGUUCAGAGAGACUAAGAUAAUUACUUUAUUGUGCCCAAGGGGAAAUGUGUGUUGUUGCUAGGGCAGGGAAAUGUUGAGAAAAAAACUUUUGAGGUGAAUAUACACAACAUGGACAAAAGUAUGUGGACACCUGCUCGUCAAACAUUUCUUUCCAAAAUCAUGGGUAUUAAUAUGGAGUUGGUCCCCUCUUUACUGCUAUAACAGCCUCCAUUCUUCUGGGAAGGCUUUCCACUAGAUGUUGGAACAUUGCUGCUAUAACAGCCUCCAUUCUUCUGGGAAGACUUUCCACUAGAUGUUGGAACAUUGCUGCUAUAACAGCCUCCAUUCUUCUGGGAAGGCUUUCCACUAGAUGUUGGAACAUUGCUGCGGGGACUUGCUUCCAUUCAGCCACAAGAGCAUUACUAAGGUCGGAACUGAUGUUGGGCGAUUAGGCCUGGCUCACAGUCGGCAUUCCAAUUCUCCACAAUGGUGUUCAAUGGGGUUGAGGUCAGGGCUCUGUGCAGGCCAGUCAAGUUCUUCCACACCAUUCUUGACAAACCAUUUCUGUAUGGACCUCGCCUUGUGCACGGGGGGAUUGUCACGCUGAAACAGGAAAGGGCCUUCCCCAAACUGUUGCCACAAAAUUGGAACCACAGAAUUGUCUAGAAUGGCAUUGUAUGCUGUAGCGUUAAGAUUUCCCUUCACUAGAACUAAGGGGUCUAGCCCGAACCAUGAAAAACAGCCCCAGACCAUUAUUCCUCCUCCACCAUUGGCAACUCAAGCAGACCAGAUAUUUGAUGAACUGACUUGUUGGAAAGGUGGCAUCCCUAUCACGGUGCCACGUUGAAAAUCAUUGAGUUGGGCCCUUCUACUGUCAAUGUUUGUCUAUGGAGAUUGUAUGGCUGUGUGCUCAAUUUUAUAAUUUUAUAUAUAUAUGUGGCUGAAAUAGCCGAAUCCACUCAUUUGAAGGGGUGACAACAUACUUUUGGCCAUGUAGUGUAUGUAUUUCAGAACUUUCCCUUGCCAUUUCUGUCAUUAAUACAAUUGUUAUUAUUAAUGAUAAUGCCAAUUAAUAAUACUCUUGUCAUAAACUCAUAAUGUUUGUAAGAAAUAUGUAGAUUGGUGAAUACCAUUUUCUUUCAGUUGUAGAAAACAUAUUUGUACUCUGUUAUAGGUGUGCACUUACGUGAACCACACAUUCACUAAUGUAAGAGCUGUCGUUCUAGAACCACUGCCAUGCUUGGACUAAACAGUAGGCCAUAUGAUAAUAUAACAUUUGGACCAAACUAAGGUAGGAUUACUUGGCCGACGGCAAGAAGAGAUGCACACAAAACACUUCCGUACAACAGUUGAGAAUUUAAAGAUUUUAGUUAAGAGCUCAGCUUCAGCAUUUAUUUGUGUGUGUGUGUGUGUGUGUGUGUGUGUGUGUGUGUGUGUGUGUGUGUGUGUGUGUGUGUGUGUGUGUGUGUGUGUGUGCGCGCUCUCACACUUGAAAAGGCCAUUCCUUGUAUGUUGUUGAAUGUGAUACACCACAGCAAAAUAUGGCCUCAAGCUUUCCUAAAUGGUACAAACAUUGCUCUGUAGAACAUCAUUCCACACAUGACACCUGUUGCCUUUUCUUGUGAUUUCAAGUGGAUAACUACAUAUAGGAAAUAUUUUAAUAACAAUGCUGUACACGGUAAUGAAAUAUAUAGUUUCUUGACAGUAUGUGUUACUGUAACCCAGACUAACAUGCAUUUCGGAUGUUUUCCUGUAUACUGUACACACAGUAUAUGAGGGGCAGUGAUCACUGAAAAAGGAAUAUGUUAAAUCUAUUGAAGCUUUAUAAUAUAGACCCGUUUUGGAACUCCUCCCUGUUUGUCUGGGGAAUCUGCCUUGUAACAUAAGUGCAUCAAUUGUAUUUAUUAGUAAUUUGCCUUGGAAUUAAUUACAUGAAGAAAUAAAUAAAGAUUGUGUUUGGUCUA